CUGCCCGCUGCCACAGCCAGAGACGAGCUGCCGCCUCCUCCUACUGCCGCCUCCUCCUAACACGGCGGCGACAUACCCGCAUCGCAGCUCGCGCUAACACUUGCUCGCUAGAUCUCGGGGUGAAACCAGAACGUCCUUCAUCUUCUCGGGAACGACCAAGCCACUUCGCUUCUCCACACGUUGUUUGGUCCAGCCCCCGUUAGCUACUCCUCCGAGAAGCGCUCUUCUAGGAUGCCGGGAGCGGGCGGCCGCCUACGCCUGCCCUCGCUGGGCACCGACUCGCCCUCCAGGUCCUCCUCUGGGGCUGCCGGCGGCGGCGGCGUCGGCGGCGGCGCGGUCAGCCAGCAGCAGCGCGUCGUGGUGAUGGGCGCGGCGCGCGUCGGCAAGUCGGCCAUCAUCUCGCAGUUCCUGUACGACCGCUGGCCGGCCAAGUACCGCCAGACGGUGGAGGAGCUGCACCGCGGCGAGUACGAGCUGCCAGACGGCGCGGCGCUCACGCUCGACAUCCUGGACACGGCGGGCGCGCACCAGUUCCCCGCCAUGCGCGCCCUCUCCAUCGCCACGGCGCACGCCUUCCUGCUCGUCUACGCCAUAGACGACGACGCCUCCUGGGAUGAGGUGCGCCGCCUCCGGCAGCAGAUUGUGGAAGCGCGUGGCAACGGCGUGCCCAUAGUGGUGGUGGGCAAUAAGGAUGACCUGCCGGACGCCGAGAGGCAGGUGGCGCGCGAGGUGGCCGAGACGACGGCACUAUUCGAGUGGGAGUGCGGCUACGUGGAGUGCUCGGCCAAGGAGAACACGCAUAUCAUCGACGUGUUCAAGGCGCUGCUGGCGCAGGCCAAGGUGCGCUACAACCUCAGCCCGGCCGUGCGCCGCCGCCGCCAGUCGCUGCCCAACUACCCGACCGGGCAGCAGGCCCGCGGCACGCGCUACAUGCUCAAGAGGAACUCCUGCUCCGUCGCAUGAGCGCCUCACCCUUCACGGCCGCUGGUCGGCCGCUGUUAGUAUUGGAUAUGGCGGGGCUCCGCAAAUGGCUUCUUUGGGCGAUCGCGUUUCUACCAGCGCCCAGAACACGAAUUUUUUAAAGUUUCAGGUGGGGCACAUGGCGAGCAUUUCGAGCUUAACCUCGACAGCCUUCUUAUAGCAGUUUCGCAGUUUACUUUCAGUCCUUUGCACGAGCUACUAUUGAAGGGACAACUGUUUCAUUUCCAGCCAACAUCAUCUGGAACAGCAACAGCAUCGUUACAAAUGGAGCUCUAGUUUUGUUGCGCUUCAAAGAGAAAAAGUUUGCGGACAUACAGUAAAGAAAUUGCGAUUAUUACUUAACCAGAUACUUCACGUAUAAUUGAGCAGGCAACUUCGAGGAAUACUGUAUUGCCAUGUAAUGCUUAGCACACUGUUAUCUGCAGCCAAUGUUAAUUAAAAAUUUACGUGAGGGCGGGUCGAGUGAAGUUGAAGUGUUUGCUGUGUGCCGUAACUGGUAACCAAGCUCACACCAUUUUGCUUCAGUUUAAGCUUAAUGUGUCCCCGUUGUGUUUUAUGUACAAGGUUUGCAAGGUUGACGUUUUCUGGCAAAUGAUGAAACGGAAUUCAAUUCGCACCGAUAUUUAAGCGAAGGUUGCGACUAAACGAGACAAAAGUGAGAUCGCACUUUUGGAGCAGACAAUGUAAAAUUAUCUGUGUAGUAACCAGCAGCUAUUUACAAAAUAUCUCUGUCUGCACACUGAUUAAAUAAUUUACACCUAAUACUCUUAUUGCUUCAAUACAGUUAGUCGAAUUUCCGAGGUCUCUUCAAGCUCUCCUACCGUCGAUUGUGGAGAGUCCUCGAAAGUUCGACGGGUAAUCUUAUUCUGAUGUUAUAUUUUAAUGGUUCAUCAGUCAUUAUAUAUAGUUUGUUUGUCUUCCUAAAGGAAAUACUGUAACAAGACCAUUAUAAGAACUCAGGCGGUUGUUAAAAAGCAAAAUUUUUGUGUGGAAUCGAGUGGGAAUGAAAUUGAGGAGAGGCUGAUUAUCUUUGCAACUCACAAGUUCUCUGUGUCAUUCAAAUUAUUUCUUUUCUUGAUUAUUUUGCCUAACAUUUCGCAUUAACUUUAGAAAGCAUUUACAACUUAGCUAUUUCAAUUCAUUCCAAGGCAAUGUUGAUCACGCAUGAUUGCCAAAGAUCUAUCUUCGAUUAAAGUUGCUCAUUUCAUUGCGUCAUAGGUACCAGACUGAUGUGGAAAUUUUGUAGUGACAAUGUAUUUAUCACAGAUUUUGUAAGGCAUGUGGGUUAUUAAUUAUAUUAUGUAUUCUAAAUUUCACCUAAUGCUUUCUUUAAUCAUUCAGAUGACGAUAUCAUUACAUGAUACUUUGUAAAUCUUUGUGACUUCAAUGGUCCCAGAUAUAUGUGUGUUUGAUGGCUGUAACAUUUCUAUACUGGGAUUGUAGCACCCUCUGUAAUUACACUUAUCUAUAUGAAUAUCACUUAAUCUAUUCGAACGACGAUUUUUUGGAAUUCAUAUAAGAUUUGUAGACAUCGUUUCCGUCAUUUUGUGUGUUCCAUUUUUAUUUGUGCACUCUAGCUUUUACGCACAUAUAUGUAGUGCUGACAGAACAAAUAUUUUUAGCCUUUUUUCAUUUUCUUGUUCGUACACUACACUAGCGUCUUUUCUCAGGAGCACUCCUUUACGACGCUUUCCAGUGAUAUUUGUAGAGGGAUAGUAACAGGUAUAUUUUUCUGUAAAGCUUGGUUUGUGGUCGCUGCAUACACAUGAAAAUGCCAGGAAACGAUAGCAUGCUUCUUCGUGGAGCAAUGAGACCAAGACAGCAAAUUUAUGUUCACGUUUCUUUCUGCUAAUCGUGUUGUGCGUAAAAUGUAAGCAUCUCACUUGAAUGUUGCAGCUGUUGAAGAAUGAAAUCUCAAAACUUAAUUACAAAAUUGUGUCCACCUGCAAUAUAUGAUGGAAUCUAUUUCCAUACAGACUUUGUCCAUUAAUGUGGAUUACGGUCAUUUUCUAUUUCGGUUAAAUUUACUAUGGAAUCCGCAUUUUCUUGUUUUUACUACGUCUUGUAUCAUUUGCUACUGUCGUGUAACUAAAUUGCUAAAUGUUUCACAGCCCUAUCAUAAUAAUUACGUUCUCUUAAAGAUACAGAUCUGCGAUAUUGAUAGCAUAAGAAAGCAUUGUUAUUGCUGUGAUUUCUCAAUAAGGGUAUUUACUGUUCACUAAAUAUUAUUUUGAACCUAAGAACAUUUCAAUAUAUCGUCCUGGAAAUAUAGAUAGGGUUUUGAGACGAUGCAAAGAGCCCCUAUAUUGUCAAAUAUGUUUCAUGAAACAGCUUUUCAUAUAAAAAUUUCGUUAACAAGCGCUUCGUUUCGCUGUCUUGUAACAGCACGAUUUCGUACAGGAAAAGAGUUUUGUGAAUAAAGGCGGGGAGAGGCGCUGCUACUGACUGCGCUACGCUUACCUUGGCUUUGUGUGCCAUAAGGACCGAUCACAAAAACGUUGCCUUCACGACGUUGGGGACUCUGCUUUGCUGAAAGCUCCAAUAUCCUCAGGUAUAUGAGCACUGGGGUGGAAAUUACGGUUGCUCUCUUUUCUUCCUUUAUACAGUUACAAGGCAACCUCUGAGCUUUGCCGGGUCAUUCACUAGCGUUUUUAGACGCCAAUGAAGGCAAGUGAGACAUUAUUAUCGUCACUGUAUCGUUGAAUCGAAGAGCUUCAUAAGAUAUCUUUCGAUGCUUCUGCGUCUGUAUAUUGAAUAUUCACGUUUAUCGGCUUGAUGAGUACCAAUGUUGUUUCAGGUCUGUAGCUGUCUGUAGUAAAUAUUUUUUGAUUAUAUUUUGAUUGUCCAUCACUCAUCUUUUCAAAACGUCGAAGAAAACUGUAGUACAGAAGUUAUCGAAGAAAACAAACUAUGUCCACGGAAAGUUCGAUUUCACCAACAAAAUCGAAAAUAUUUUAUACGAGGUAAGAUGUACAGGACACACCAGUUUGUGCCAAAAUCUCCAAGUACGAGUAUUCUGAAUGCAAUGAACUGACACUUACCGUCUCAGAUCGGUUACUAGUUGCGAACCCUAGUGAACAGGCAACACUACUGCAGACAGUGACACGUAGUGUGAAUUUUAAGGGUAACAGAUGAUUGUCGUAGCUGCCCCUCAGUGCUAUACAAAGGCAAUGCAUUGCUCACUAGAUAGGAGAAGGAGAAUGGCUGUUAUGGACGUUAUGAUAAUAGUAAAAUAGCCACAAGUAUACUUGUGACCACACUUUUUAAUGACGCAUUUAGAAAAUAUCAUCAUCUGAUUCAGUUAAGGGAACAGAAACCAUACUAUGUACUGAGUCAAAUUAAGUGUGCCAUGUUGAAUAGGAACUAGGAAUUACGUCGCAAAUACAUUGAUCACAUCUUCAUCGAAAAUAGGAGCUAGAAUCCAUCAUAUCUACUGCUUAAUUUCUGUAGAAUAAGUCAUUAUUGAUAAAAAAAUGAACAUUAUGAAAUUGAUCUCUAAACUUCCGAAAAGGACUGAGGCAGUAGUUGGUUCUGUGGAAUGUCACCUAUUUUUAUACCAUACAGAUGCUCGAUAAAUGUGUUGAGAAUUAUUUCAGAACCCAUACACAUAAUAUAAAAGAUUAAGUUUUCGAACAUGUAUGGUGUACAUGCGUUUUACGUUAUACUGAAUCGCGCACGCUAAAUCUAAACUUAGAAUACAGCGUUAGUCUUCAAUGCUUAGAAAGAUAACUGGAAAACGUAAGUCUAAAUAUCAAUACAGAAAGUUUACCCAUAUCCCAAAAUAUAUCUAUUAGUGCUCUGUGCUGUCAAAAUGAUUCUGUACCAAUGAGCAUGAGUCACUAGAUACUGCAGUUUUCUCAACAUAUAAAUACUUUACGCGUUAUUCGAAUAAUUUAUUUAAGUGUUUGAUAGAUUCUAGUCUGCUCCAUGUUUAAGUUACAGCGCAAAAGUAAUUUAUAUCUCGUCCUUCAGUGAUGAACGCUUCAACACACCUCCUAAGUAUGUUACACCAUCACAGUACACAUAUAACGUAAUGAUAUAUUUCAGCAAGAGUAAUUGACAUCCUGCAUGAUGUAAAAAUCAAUUGCUGCUAUAACUCGGAACAAUUCAUAAAAGAUAACAUUCGGCAUAUUUAGUUUGAUGCGUGCCCAUAAAGCCAGAGAAAGGGAUUACGUGAGGAAUUAUAUCAGUAUUUAUCCCCCUUAGUACUAUAUUUAUUCCUAGUAGCACAUCCGGCAUGUAUUAUUUGCAUGCUCACACAUGAACUAAUGACAGAUUUCAGUGAGAGGCUUUCUGCGCGAUGUAUGUAGUUUGUUGUGUGUCUAGAAAGCCAGAGAAAGAAAUUAUGUGAGGAAUAAGAUAUUACUGUGCGGAAUUAUACCAGUAUUUAUCCCCCUCAGUACUAUAUUAACUCCUAGUACCACAUCUUGCAUGUAUUAGAAGAAUCUCAUGCAUGAAUAACUCAUUGUCAUUUCGUUAUAUCACAAUGUUGUAGAAAUGAAACGCAGAAAACUUAGAUAUACUACAGUGUUAUAUGUAAUACAAUACAACAUAAAAGCGUCAUUGUAGUAGAAGUUUUGGUAAGUUUAUAAACAAUUUAAACCAGUUUGUUUAUAAAUAUUUUAACACUUUUUGUCAUUGUCUACAUCUAGCUGGUUGUAUGUGUCACGACCACAUGAUUCAUGCAACUGA